AUGUCCCAGACCGAGGAGGACAGCCUCAGGAUAGUACUGGAGCCCAGCGAGGGGCAUGGUGAGCCAGUCAGCCUGGAGUUAAAAGCUGGUGGUAGCGUGGCCACACUUGGGCGUGGCGCCAAAAAUGUCUUGGCCAUCAACCUUCCGGGAAUCUCCAAUACGCAUGUUGAACUUAGGCUGCUGAAGCCUCCUAGUGGGGGUCAAGUCAGUGCGGCACAUCUCCGGAUCAAGGAUCUGUCGUCAAAUGGCACUGGCCUGCAAGGGUCAAAGUCCAUCAAGGAGCCAGCAAAGCUCAAAAAGGACACAGAUACUCCGCUUAUAGAUGGCUCAGUCAUUGUCUUGCCACUGCGGUCGAAGGUGAAAACGCCUGAUUCGCAGGCUCGAGUAACCCUCAGAGUGCUGGAAAAGGAGCCUGAGAAGCCGAAAGAAGUGGCCAAAGAGUCCAAGAAGAAGGGUGAGAAAAAUGUGGCACCCGAAGAGAAGCCGAAGGAACACAAGAAGACCAAGGAGGUGACGCCUGCAAAGGAGGACAAAAAGGAAGCGAAGGUCAAGGACAGCAAGAAGGACAAAAAGGAGAAGGAAAAAGAGAAAGACAAGGAAAAGGAGAAAGCAAAGGAAAAGGAGAAGGCAAAGGAGAAAGCAAAGGAAAAGGAAGAUGAUAAGAAGGACAGCAAGAAAGCCAGCAAAAAGGCUGAUAAGAAAGAGGAGAAAAGGGAAGAGAAAGCUUCCAAGAAAAAGCCAACAACAGUGGAUAGCGAUUCCGAGGAGGAGCCUGAAGUGCCAGUGCCUGCUCCAAAGCCAGAAGAGCCAGAGAUUCCAAUGCCAAAGGCAGCUCAGAAGGAAGACUCAGAGGAUGAAGAUGAGAAAGAUGAAAAGGAACCAGAAAAAGAUGAUGAUGAAAAGGACGAAGAGGACAAAGAGGAUGACAAGGAAGAGGAGAAGGUGGAGAAGGAGGAUGUUGAAAUGGCAGAGCCUGAGAAGCUGGACGAUGAUGAGGACGACGACGAUGACGAGCCCGAGAAGAUCGAAGAGCCGCAGAAGCUUGGGAGCGACUCUGAUGUUGACAUGGAGAAAGGCGACGAAAAAGCAGAGGAGGAGGACGAGAAGGAUGCCAAGGAUUCGGAUGAUGAAAAGGAGGCAGAGAAGAAGGACAGUGAUGAGGAAGAAGAUGCCAAGGCCAAAGCCAAAGCCAAAGAGGCAAAGGACAGCUCCAGCUCUGAGGAUGAACCCAAGAAGGAAAAGGAGAAGUCAAAAGCCAAAGUCAAGGACAGUGAUAGUGAUGACGGUGAUGACGGUGAUGACGAAAAGGCUAAGACUUCUAAGACCAAGGCGAAGGGAAAGAACAAGAAGGCCAGCUCGAACAGUGACGAGGACAGCGACGAGAAGAAAAAAGAGGAGAAGGAAAAGAAGGACGAGAAGGUAGUCAAGAAGAAGGCUGGUAGUGAUUCAUCAGAUGACAGCUCUGACGACAAAAAGAAAAAGGAUUGCCUGGCCCCGAUCAACGAUAUUAUCCGAGAGAACUGCAAAACAGGAAAUCCCGCGACUGAAUGGGACAUCAAUGGCGCAGGUUCCAGCUUGAUUCAGGGUUUCGCUACACAGAGCAGCUAUGCUGUCGGCGAAGAGGUCCUGUUCAAAGUCAAGACCAACUCCAGACAGUAUCGUUUCGACAUCUACCGCCUUGGCUGGUAUAACGGCCUGGGCGCACGGCAAGUUGCCACCUUGAAGCCAGUUGUGCAGCUGCCACAAGAGCAGCCAGAAUGCCAUAAGGAUGAUGCAACCUUGCUGGUGGAUUGCGGCACUUGGGCUGUGAGUGGCGCAUGGACCAUUCCGGAUGACAUUGUGCCUGGUGUGUUUUUUGCCCGGCUGGUGAUGGAAGACCCGCCACCUCAUUGGCGGACCGAUGCCAGUGAGAUUCAGCCCAGCAGGAAAUUUGCCAACAGAAACUGGGACUACAAGGUGAUGCCGCCCUGUGGUUCAGAAGAUUGUUCUGCGAUGGCUCACGCGUAUGGUGCGCAACGACUCCGGGCUGGCGACAUGAUGCGCAAUGCAUUGAAAGAGCCGCAUGCCUCCCACGUCUACUUUGUCAUUCGGCAAGACACUCAAAAGACGGACAUAUUGCUCCAGACCAUUGACACCACCUGGCGCGCUUACAACAACUAUGCUUCACCAUCCACCUAUGGCGUUCUCCCGCUGGAGAGGCACAAUUUCAGCAUUCCAGAGAGUUGGAAAACCCGACGAGCCUACAAAGUAUCUUACAAUGCUCCUUUGGUGACCCGUGACACUAGAGCUGUGAACACGCUCUUCAAUGCAGAAAUGCCCGCAAUCCGGUGGCUAGAAAGUCAUGGCUAUGACAUCCAAUACUGGACAGGUGCUGAUGCCCACUCUCGUGGUGCCGAGAUAGCACAUCGAGCCAAGGCUUAUAUUUCCGUAGGCCAUGAUGAAUACUGGUCUGGGGGGCAGAGACGGAAUGUGGAAGCUGCACGCGAUUCAGGCGUUCACCUUCAUUUCUGGAGCGGCAAUGAAGUGUACUGGAAAGUUCGAUGGGAGGCAUCACCAGCGGAUGGCACGCCAAUGAGAACCAUGGUCGUAUACAAGGAGUCGCAGGAAUCAUUUAAGAUCGAUCCAGCCAGCGAGGUUUGGACAGGAACUUUUCGAGAUAGCCAUCAAUUCAACCCUGAGGGGUCGAAUCCAGAAAACUCCUUGACGGGUACUAUUUUUACAGUGAAUUCUUGGCGCAAUGAUGCACUCGAAAUACCGGGUGCAUAUGCAAAGCUUCGGGUUUGGCGCAAUACUACCGUGGCAUCCUUGCUGCCACACCAGAGAGCCAUCCUUUUGAAGGGGCUUUUGGGCCACGAGUGGGACGAAGACUUGGACAAUGGCUUCAGACCUCAAGGUCUCAUUCGAUUAAGCGAGACUCAUGUGGACAAUGUACAGGCUAUUGUGGAUCAUGGCGCUUGCUUUGAUUCAGGCAGUGCAACCCACCAUUUGACCUUGUACAAAGCCAGUUCUGGUGCUUUGGUUUUCGGAGCUGGAACUGUGCAAUGGGCCUGGGGUUUGGACAACUUCCAUGAUGCCGUGACAGGCAUGAACAACAUGUGGGAGAGCGAGUACAACACACGAAUAGGUGUGGACCCUUCUGGUCCUGAUCCAGUGGUGCAGCAAGCAACAUUGAACCUUUUUGCUGACAUGGGUAUUAAAGCACACAUUUUGUGA